CGGGUUUUUGGAUCAAUGGUUUUCUCGUACUUUUUUCUCCAGUGAAUCAAAUCAUUUAUUGAGUGAACGGAGCUUCACAUCGCCGACGAGAUCCAUGGCGGCGAUUUCUACUUUCUUCCUUCUCUUCCUCAUUCCCAUUAUUCCACUCUCGCUUCUCGCUAUCUUAGCCCUAAUCGUACGCCCUCGUCCAAUCAAAAUCCCCAUCAAAUCUCGCCACGUCUUCAUCACCGGCGGAUCUAGCGGCAUCGGUCUUGCCCUCGCCCAACGCGCCGCUUCCGAGGGUGCUCGCGUCUCCAUCCUCGCCCGAUCCGCCGGAAAGCUCGAUGAGGCUAAACAAUCCAUCAAGCUCGCCACUGGAGUCGAAGUCGCCACGUUUUCCGCCGACGUUCGCGAUUACGACGCCGUGUCGAAGGCUAUAGACGAAUCGGGGCCGAUCGAUGUGUUGAUUGUGAAUCAAGGCGUGUUUACGGCGAAGGAGCUGGAGAAGCAAAGUCCAGAGGAUGUCAAGUUCACGAUUGAUGUCAAUCUCGUGGGAAGCUUCAACGUGAUUAAGGCCGCUUUGCCCGCCAUGAAAGCAAGGAGAGACCGUGGACCUGCCUCCAUAGCUCUCGUCUCAUCUCAGGCCGGUCAGGUGGGUAUUUACGGUUAUGCUGCGUAUUCAGCGAGCAAGUUUGGGCUUCAAGGUUUGGCACAAUCACUGCAACAAGAAGUUAUUGCUGAUGAUAUUCAUGUCACUCUUAUUUUUCCUCCCGAUACUGAUACACCCGGUUUUGAGGAAGAACAGAAGAGCAGACCUGAGGUCACUGCCAUAAUAGCUGCGUCCUCUGGUUCAAUGAAAACAGAAGACGUAGCCAGAAAAGCUAUGGAUGGGAUCAAAGCAGGAAAGUUCACUGUCUCAUGCAACUUUGAAGGAUUCUUACUGUCUCUCGCAACAACCGGCAUGUCCCCUCAGAGAUCAUUUUGGCUUGCUUUUCUUGAAGUUAUAACCGCAGGCCCAAUAAGACUAAUUGCUCUCUUCUUCCAAUGGGAUUGGUAUAACGCCAUAGCAAAGUGGAGCAAAACCAAAAUGAAUAAGAGUUAAGAGGUGAGAACUUGUUCCUUGACAUAUCAUAAGCUCAAGAAUGUUUCUUGAAGUUUUUGGGCAGAAGCUGUAGAAACACUUCUGGGUACACCUUCUCAUACUGGGGGUCUCUCAGUCCGCUACCCCGUCUGGCCGGUUAUCCAAUUCAAAUUGUUGAUGUUGAUGAUAGUUUUGUAGUAACUAGUCAAGAUUCAUGCCGGUCUUAGAACAAGCUCUGUUUUUUUUUUUAUAAAUUAAAGAACUCAGUUGAAUACAUACAUAUAUUUUUUAUAUACAUGGU